AUGGCCAUCUCGAUGGCCGACUGCCUGGAAGAAAAAGGCAAGCAAAGUAUGUGGCAGAAAUUAGGCCUGCGGAAAUGGCUGGGUCGCGAGGAUCGAGAGUCAGGGGAAGAACCCCGGGCCUCCGACACGGCCAAAGAUUCUCAUCCCAAAGAUUCUCAUCCGAAAGACCCCAACCCCAAAGAUAAAGAGAAGCAGGAUAAUAUCACGCGUCGCAUCUCCCGCAAAGUCGGGGUUGGUCUGCCACGCACAACCACCUUCAAACGCCAGAGUUCCGAACAGCGCGAUCGUCUCGCUCCCCUCGAACCCGAACCACAACGCCGAGCCCUGUCUGCCGACCGCGAUCCCCUGACUGCACGAUCGAGGUCUCCCCCCGUGGAUCCCAGACUGUCCGCGCCCGAGGUUCAGUGGAUCGGCCCGCCGGCGACCACGGUCGAGUCACCCUCCGAGCCCGAACCAAAUGUGCCCGACUGGGUCCCUUAUCCGGAUAUGGACACAGAGUCGGAAUCAGAGCCGGAGAAACUGCCAGAGGAAACCCUGGAGUUGGAAUUGGAGCAACGAUGGAUUCUGAAUCUGAGUAUGCACUUCCGAGACCGGUCAGAGCGAGAGAAGUUCUUCGUGACAUACGCCGAGGCCCCGAACCGAUGGCGACGAGUGACCAUUUCGUGCGAUUACCGCGACGCACCACCCGACUCGCUGGAACGAGAUCUCAAGGAGCUGCGAUAUCAACGCGAUAAAUGUGCUCGCAUCUACGAGUCCAUUCGGGAAUCGCUCCUCGAGAUUCAAUUCUAUGAUACCGUGACAAAUCUCAAGCUGGAGACGCUGGAUGGCCGAUUGCAUGUCCAUGUCACCGAGGAUGUAAACGAAACGAUCCCAUACCCCCCAAUUUCCAGCAUCGGUCAUCUAGGGGGCGCUCGAUGCGUCCCGGAGCAUUUUCUACACUUCGAAUCGCAUCUUUCCGGCUUUGUGUACAAGGUUCAACUCGGUGGAAGGGCGUAUAUCAAGAAGGAGAUUCCAGGCCCUGACACGGUGGACGAGUUCCUUUACGAGAUCAAUGCACUGCAUGCGCUGAAUGGUGCUCCGAGUGUCAUCCAAGUGGAGGGAAUUGUCGUUGAUGAACAACGAGAUGUGGUCAAGGGCUUGCUGAUCAGCUAUGCCGAACAAGGCGCUCUGGUCGACAUCCUGUACGAGCAACGGGGAAGAACGAGCUUUGCAAGACGUGAGCGCUGGGCUAGGCAGAUUGUUCAGGGUCUCUGCGAGAUCCAUGAAUCGGGAUACGUACAGGGCGACUUUACCCUUGCGAACAUUGUGGUGGAUGCUUAUGACAAUGCAAAAAUCAUCGAUAUCAAUCGUAGAGGGUGUCCGGUGGGCUGGGAGCCACCUGAAAUUGCCGCUAAAAUUGAGAGCAACCAGCGCAUCUCAAUGUACAUUGGAGUCAAGACUGAUCUCUAUCAGCUGGGAAUGACUCUGUGGGCCUUGGCGAUGGAGGAAGACGAACCCGAACGACAACCCCGACCUCUUUUCAUCGGAGAGGACCCAAUGAUCCCCGAUUACUACCGGCGAGUAGUCGACAUUUGCCUGAGCCCAACUCCACGACACAGGCUAUCUGCGAAAGAACUUCUCUUCAUGUUCCCCUCUGAUCUUCCGACAGCACGAGCAUCACCUGCUGCUCAGCCGAUGGAGAUUGCCACGAAUGAUCCAAGACAUGUUCCCAUCAAACACAACUGGGCUCAUCCUCCGGCAUCAGGAAUUGGGUUGUCUCUACCGCGAGGCUUUAUGCGCCAGGUCGAUCAAUAUUCCUCCCAGAAAGAGUUCGCGGACAAUACAUACAGAGAUCUGCAACACCCAAUCUUUGCUGAUAACAACGACCCGGGGAAUCGAUCUACAAUCACACUUGCAGAAUGCACUGAAGAUACCAGCUAUCCAUCCAAGCCAUCUUCUUCAUCUACCUUGAAUCACCACGAAUCUCAUGAUGCUCAUGGGUAUUUAGAUGACCGUCCAAGUCGUGAUUUCGUGCCCGACUUAUCUCGUGGAAACACCGAACCGGAGAUUGUUCCCGUUUCACAGACAACAAUAACACCAACUAGCAAUGGAUUCUACGAUUACACAAUGGAAGAACCAGAGUUGUCAGACGAGGUCGUCUAUCUUGAUGAUGCUCUUCUGCAUGACCAGCAAACUUUUGGCAAUCAACCAUUGACUGCGCUGACUCCUGAUCAACCUCAACCCGACGAACAUACCACACAUAUCACCUCUUCAACUACUCCACCCCCUACUGGACCACCGCACAAAGAAACUGCGAGUCAAUCACAUGCUAAGAGUACUGACAUCGUGCCGACAUCGCCAGCACCCCCAUCUGCACUCCAACCAUCAUCUCUUAUCCUCUCCGCUUUGCCCAUAAAUCCCGCGUUUGGUCCUCCUGAAACUCCCGGUUCUCGACAGACAUCUUUGGUUGACAAUUCACCCCCAUCCACACCAAGAAGUAGUGGUGUGGACCGACCGUUUGCAGGAAUGGUUGGUAUCAAGCCUACCUUCACAACGCCACCACCUCCAACAUCUUCUCUUUUUCUCUCUGCGUUGCCCAUGAAUCCUUCACUGCGAUACCCGUCGAAUUAUUUCCGUGAAUUGACCACACCAAACUCUGUAUAUCCAACUAUUCCUGAAGUACCUCGGCAAGAUGGCGAAGAACCAUACCUGAAGAAGGCUGCCGACAUCCAGUCUUCUGUCACACAAUUGCCCUCUCUCUUCUCCUCGAUCUUACCUUUGAAUCCUGCUUUGCAGCAACCCAAAGCAUCUUCUGCAGACAUUGUCACCUCAUCUGUAACGAACGUCAACCGUGACUCAUCGACGAAGCAUGUGGGCCAACUGUUGGCAAACACCGCCACAGCCAGUGAGACAUUGAGGGAGCCAUACUCGCCAACCUCACUUUCGCUCUCAGUCUUGCCUAUCAAUCCUGCUAUAGGCCCGCUCUCUGCCUCAAUAGACAGCUUGGUAACGGUUGCCAACCAACAUCUGGCAAAUUUGGCAAAACAAGAUGUGGAAUCCACAAGUGAAAAAGUGGCUGAUCUCAAUGAUGUGCCAGCAACCUCUGAAACACCCUCUCUCAGUCUCUCAUCCCUGCCGAUUAACCCAGCUAUGCCUCAUCUGGAGACACCGAGGUCUUUCAGCACCACGCCAUUGACACACUCACAUUCAAUUGAGACACCAGAGUCGGAAUAUCCUCCCCAGCCGACACAUAUGGCCAACAUCAAACCCACCCUGAGAAGAGUACCUGGCCACGAAUCAUCCCUUUUCGUGUCAGCACUGCCUAUAAACCCCGCUCUGGCAGACCUCAACACCAACACCACCUCUGCAAGCGCAGAGAUGACCCCUCCUGCUCAAGUUUCACGCCAAAAUCAAUCAAAAUUCGGCCAACAAAGCCAGCCCUCAUCCUGUUUCAGCGAACCGCAACCCCGAAAUUUCAACCUGCAUCAAACCAGGUGA